CUACUUGGUAUAGAGAUUCAACACAACAGAGAGCAUAGAUUCAUUAGGAUGCGUCAGACACAUUAUAUUAAUAGUAUAAUAGAACGUUACAAACUUACAAACGAACAAAGUGUACAAACACUCAUGCAGCCUAGUACACAAUUAAAAACAGUAUUGCAAACUGAUAACAAUAGAAAACAAAUGUCUAAUAUACUAUACAUGAACAUGGUUAGCACACUUAGAUACAUUACAGACUGUAUGUGGCCAGAUAUAGCAUUUGCAACAAAUCAGUUAGCAAAAUACCUCAAUGACCCUGGUAUGGAGCAUUAUCUAGCACUUAAACAUUGUUACAUGUACUUAAAAACUAUGAACAAUGUCUGGCUCCAACUCAGUAGUACAAAUCAAUCAAUAUUGAACAGCUAUACAGAUGCAGACAGCAUGAUACAAGAAGGGCAUUGUGCAAUAUCAGGAUACACAUUUUACUUGAGCAAUUCAUUAGUUUUGUAG